AUGAAGGUCUUUUCAACAUUUGUGCUGUCAACCGCCUUGGCCGUGACUAUCCACGCGCAGUUAUUCGAGUUUAAUGCCAAUGAUAUGGUCACGGUUGAUUCUAAUGCCCGUGGCACGGUCGCGAACGAGUCCAAUACUGGUGGCACGGUCGCGGUUGAUUCAGUCGACGCAAUGGAUGAAUCUAGUUCAUUCAGCUCAUCCAGCUCAUCAGAUUCAUCAAGCCCAUCAUCGCCCCGCGAGACCAUUAAGAAACCGACGGGAACUUCUUCCACCAAUGACUUCAUGAGCUCUUUAACCGUUGACCCGUCCUCGAAAGCUGCAUCGGGGACAUACCGCAUGACGCCCGUACACGUAGUACUAGCCCGCGUGCAAAGUGAUGUGCCUGUGUGGAAUGACAAGCUCAAACGCUUUGUGUCAUCGUAUUAUGAUGACCCGACUGAUGCGUACGUGGGUCUUGUGGAUACGAUAAAUGCGGCGUCAGUGGAAGGUGCACUCAUGUACGUGCAGGCAGAAUGUAUCAAUUACGCUACACGAUCGACAGAAAAUCGAUGCGUGCGUAAGAAUGAGAUGGCCUACAUUGUCUUUUAUGAAUUUGCCAUCACUCAAACCAACGAGACGUUGGCAUUAUAUCAGGACGUGGCAAGUCAGAACGAAUAUGGCGAUAUGUUGGCCAUGGACUCGGGACGCUGCACUCCCGACUCAAUUACAUCUUCGGGCGGUGAGGUGUUCCCCACGGCUUGCUACUACUUCAAUGGCGACGAGGGUGAGCCGAACGUCGGUCCGUUCGUGGGCGGUACUACAAAGGAGACGGACCCGCGUGCUCCGUACCCACACAAUGUGUGGUAUUCGUUCCCUAACACGUGUCCACUCAAGGAAUGGAGUGAGAAGACGCCCGAGUGCCGCAAAAAUACCCGCAAGGGACUCUGCGAUAUUGGCGUUAUGCCGGAUGGUAAUAGUUGUACGUUUGCAUACCGCGUGCUCGGCUUUCUCCCGAUCGACGACCUGGUGGGCAUUACGUCCAUGAAAAGCAACACAACGGGUGAGACGUAUGCCAACUUCACGCAGUUUUGUGAGGAUGGCGGUGUAGAGUUUGAGGCCACGGAGAGUGGCGAAUGGAUACAAAGCAUUCCGUUUUGGGAGAACCCGCAGGACGAAGAGGCCAACGUGGAACGUGCCACGAAGCUUGUAGAGGCCUACUACAAUCUCACAAAUGGGCUUAUUGAGACAUUGAGCCUGGAUUCGAGUAUCAUCAAGCAUAUGCUGCCUCUGCCAACCCCUGAGGAACUUGCGGCUGAAAACCCGGCGUGCUAUCUCAAUGUUAAGAAGUGCAACACGGAAGCUGGCUGCAAACGCGAGCUGUUUGGCUCCACUUGCACGGUUUGCAACUCGACGUCAGAAGGAUGCAAGGCUCCUCCGAGCGACUGGAGCUUCCCUACUUUGCAGAAGGCUGUGGGUGAGAAUGGCGGCACUGGAGAUGCCACGUCGGCAGAUAACUCGACCGCGCCAGGUAAGGGGCGCUCGGCCUCGGCCUCGGCCACGAACGGCGUAUCGGCGGUGCUCAUGUCGUCACUCCUGGCUGUGGCGACGGCUCUUUUUUUUUAG